AUGCCCGUUCCCUUCGAGACCUUGAUUCCCUAUGCCAUCAUCACGGCUAUGUUUGGCGUCUCGGGUGCCGGUAUCUCGGCGUUCCGACGAUACACGAAUGGAGGCAAGAGGCCCAGGAGGUCCAUUGACCAAUGGGAUAGGAUGAUAACACAACAACAAUCCUACAGUUUCUCGACGUGGGGACGCGUUUCGCUGAUUCGAUGCGCUACAGUGAUGGACCGAGACCGCAGGCUCACAGGGUUCCUACGCGGCCAGUCCGACAACCCGAUAGCACCACCAGGCUUCGAACUGAACAAUCCAUGGAGGACCGAGGAGAGGAUGAGUUAA